AUGAGGCUCUUUCGUGGUUUCAUUGCCUUUGUCUUGGCAUCCUCUCCUUUAGUUUUGGCUCAGGAUUCUGGUAGUUCGGCUAUUUUGGCGUCUCUACCAAAGUGUGCAUUGAAAUGUAUGGCCGUCUCCGUCUCUAAUUCGACAUGUGAUCUUCUCGACACACAAUGCACAUGUAGAAAUGAACAACUACAAGCCGAAAUUGAGAAAUGUGUCUUGGCCGAUUGCACAGUUAGGGAGUCAUUAAGCACAAAAAAUGCUUCCAUGACACUAUGCGGUGCACCUAUCCGAAAUCGCCAAGCAGAAAUCCUCGCCGUCAACGAUGUAUUGGGCACCACCUCGGGCAUCUUUGUCUUGCAACGGUUCUCGACAAAACUCUUCUACAAGCUCCCCUGGGGUCUUGACGAUCUUUUCAUCGGCCUGUCAAUGCUUAUGGCCAUCCCCUGCAUGGUCAUCAACUCGUAUGGUCUAACGCCAAACGGCAUGGGCCGCGACAUUUGGACAGUCACACCUGAGCAGGUUACCAACUUCGGUCGAAACUUUUACAUGAUGGCCAUGUUCUACUUUACGCUGCAGACCUUCCUUAAGCUGGCCAUGGUCUUCUUUUAUCUCCGCAUAUUUCCAACGCGGGGCGUCCGGCGAGCUCUAUGGGCUACGGUUGUGUUCAAUUGUGUCUUUGGUGUGUCGUUCAUCCUCAUAGCUGCCUUUCAAUGUCAGCCUAUCAGCUACUUCUGGACGAAAUGGGAACACAAAGCAGAUAAUAUGGGAACAUGCCUCGAUAUAAAUGCUAUUACAUGGUCCAGUGGAUCAAUCAAUAUUGCUCUGGAUGUUUGGAUCUUGAGCAUUCCUCUCUCGCAGCUGAAGAAAAUGAACUUGGACUGGAGGAAGAAGAUUGGUGUUGGAAUCAUGUUUAGCGUUGGUAUCUUUGUCACCAUCGUCAGUAUCCUCCGCCUCAGCGCUACUAUCAAGAUGCGCGCUGGAGUAGGCGCCAACAAUGCAACAUGGGAAUACACCGAGUUCGAUCAGUGGUCCACCAUCGAGGUCAACGUCGGAAUCAUCUGCGCCUGCAUGCCAAGUCUUCGAGUUCUUCUCGUCCGCCUCUUCCCCACGAUGCUCGGCAACUCAACACAACAACAAUACUACAAGUACGGUAGCAAUGCCUACGGCGGCCCAAGCAAGCCCGGAACGAAAAACCGAAGCCGAUCUCGAUCUCAGCCGCUGGGAACGACAUCCCAAGUUGACAAGACGGCAUAUCGUUCGCACGUUGACCCCGUCGGCAUCACAUGCGAUCGGACAUAUGAGGUGGAAUUUGGCCAUAAAUAUAAUGAUGAGACGGAGCUGUUUCACAUGAAGGACAUGGAAUUGAACCGGAUUGGUGCAAGGUUCUAG